CGACGCCUCGACCCCUCGCACUGCAAACCAGGGCGAAGCAGCUCCCCAAUCUCUCUCCCUAACGUUUCCCGUCAAAAGCCAACGGAAAUUCACUCGAUCCGUCCCUCUCCAUUAACCUCUCUCUCCCCUGUAUGAUGGGUUUGAGUUUCUUGCGUUCUGAAAUCUCAGUUAACGCCGUUAAGUUGAUUACCACCUUUUUCCGUCACAAGAAAGCGUGAAAGAGAGAAGGAGAACAGACAGACACAAAAGAAGAGAGAGAAAGCAUGAAUCCUUGAGAGAGAGUGUGAGAGAAAAGGGCGGGAGGAAAAAAUGGCCGGUGGUAGGGUUUAUGGGGGAUCGAAUUUGAACGUUGUUCUUCAGGGUGAGGGCCUUCCUUGCUCGUCUGAUGCUCUCGAUGCUCUGCUUGUUUCCUGCUCUUCUCCCAGCUUUCAUGGCGCUCGAUCCAUGGUUAAUUUUGAAGAAAUCAAUGCAAAUUCAACAGAGGAGGACUUUGAUGAAUGCUUUCACCAACCCGAGAAGAAGAGGCGAUUAAGCCCAGACCAGGUUCAAUUUCUCGAGAAAAAUUUUGAGGUUGAGAAUAAGCUUGAACCCGAGAGAAAGAUUCAGCUCGCAAGGGAGUUAGGAUUACAACCAAGGCAGGUUGCUAUAUGGUUCCAAAACAGACGAGCUAGGUGGAAGACCAAGCAACUCGAGAAGGACUAUGGUGUCCUUAAAUCGAGCUAUGAUGCUCUCAAGGCUGAUUACGAGAACCUCCUCAAAGAGAAGGAGAAGCUCAAAACAGAGGUUGUUUUGCUCACUGAUAAACUUCUCAGCAAAGAACGAGAUUGCCAAGUUCCAGCAACAAACUGGCCGGAAAAACUCGAAUUGAAAUGCCAAACCACCCCAAAAACCGAAACAGUUAAGGAUUCAGACCUGUUGCUCAAUUGCAAGCAAGAAGAUCUCAGCUCAAACAGCUCAGUGUUUGAUGCUGAGAGCCCAACUGAGGCAGGAAAUUCGCCCGAAUUCUUCGCUGGGAACUCCCCAGAAAUUUUUGAGCCUGAUAAUUACUCAGAUUCUUCUUUAGGCGAGGAAGAAAGUGGCAAAGUUUGUAAAGAGAGAUUCAAAUCGCCUCAGGCUUUCGUUCUACCCAAGCUUGAGGAACCCACCUAUCCCGAUCAGGCUUCGGGUACUUGUAAUUAUGGAUUCCAUGUAGAUGACCAAGAGCCUCUCUGGUUCUGGCCUUAUUGAGGGAGAGCUCUGUGUUCAUGUUCCUGUAUUUCCUUUUUCGUUUUUUUUUCGAGCUAAUGCGAGAAAAUAAGCAUCAUGCUUUGAGAUUUUCAGCAAGUGAGAAACAUUAGGCUUUUCCAUUUUUCAUGCA